CGACCCUUUUUUAUUUUUUAUUUUAAGAGCCGUGUUGCUAUGGGACCUUUCACGCCCUUUCUCACAGAUUUUCUCUGACUGCCUCUAUCCAGUCUGCUAGAGCAGCCGCUUGCUUGCAUUUAUAAAUAAAACGGACAUAGAAUAUCUUCAGAUAUCCCCGGCAUUAUGGCGGGCAUUUCUGACGCCCCCGCUCUAUUAUAUCCACUAUCAGACCUGCCUCUGUCUUUUAACGACAGCAGUUUCGCGGGCUCGGAGCCUGCUCCAAAAAGGCAUGCCGCGUGUGAUGAAUGUCGAAAGCGUAAGCUGAGAUGCUCUGGAGAGCUCACUGGCUGCUCGCGAUGCGUAAAACAGGCGCUCUUCUGCCACUACUCGAUACAGAAGCAAAUGGGACGACCUCCGAAGAAGAAGUCACGUCUGGAAGAUGAUGGAAACUCCAUGGAUGUCUCAGAUUCCGGCGGACUGGGGGACUUGGAGAGCAACCCGUUAGACUCUCGAACUUCCAGGGCUGAUACUAAGUCUUCGACCGAGGCAUUUCACCUAUGUGCGCCGGUAUUUCGCGCUGUGAUAUCGAGAGGUUCACAGGCUCCUUACAAUUCAUUGAGUGGGGAUCAGGGCGGGCUCUUUCAGCAAGAUGGAUCGACCAUGUUGGAACCUGUUAUAGCCUCCGACAGUCCUUGGCCCGAUUAUGCGGCGGCAGCGUCAGCAUCCUCGUUGAUGCUUCCUAGAAACUCUGAUUCGGCGGACAAGCAGUUCGACUCAGGGAUGACAUCCAAUUUCUCUCUUCCGCAAGGCAUCCCGCGAUGCACCUGUCUCUCCUAUCUAUACCUCUGUCUCAGCAAUCUGUCGACCCUGACCUCAUUUCCAACCACCAAUCAAACCAUCCUGUCUCUUUAUACAGCUGCUCGCACGGCAAGAGAGGUGAUCCGCUGCGAGAUCUGCCCACAGCAAUACUCCACUGGUGUGCAAAAUGUGAUGCUCUUGGGCACUCUACUUAAUAUACUCGCAGAUUCGUGGCUGCGGGUGUCUGAGGCAGAUCCAGUUGAAUUAGGAAAACAGUCAGCGCCUGCUGGAUACGUUUCUACCGUAUCAAGGGAUCCUCGGAAUGAGGCCUCGAGGUGGAGGGAAUGGCUUAUGCAGACCAUUCGCCACGCUGUCAUCGGCGGGCCAAUUGAACCUGCAGCUUCAAUAAAAGCCAAAGAUACACCUGAUGUGCUUUCCCUCAUCAAAGAGAUGGAAACACGUCAGAGAAGGUGGCACGCGGAAGGUACAUCACCCUCUGAGAUUCGAGGGUAUUCGAAUCAGCAAUCCGAAGGGUGGGCAUCGACCGAACAGAACGGCUGUAGCCCACUAAAGCCGAACGGCGACAUAGAUGAGAGAAACCUCCUCUGCCUUCAAAUCGUCGGUCGCGCCAGAGAAGUUAUUUCUAAAUUCGGGUUCCAACCGCAUGACUAUCCUGAUGGUGUUGUUGCAUGAAUGAUGAUUGCCCCUCAUUGUGCGUUUUUGAGCAAAUCUUUUUCAUUUUCAUUCUCCAACCGGAGUUCUUUCAGGAUGGACAUAAGGAACAUUUUAUUAUAUCUGGUAUAUUGUUGGGAACAUGGGUGUGUUCGUCUACUUACCUUCUUUUCUCAUGCAGGGUAUAUUAUAUGUGACUCAGCCUACCGUGGGGGUCGUAAAUAGGAAAAACAAGCCAAGAAUAAGGACAU